GCGGAUUAUUUAUAGUGCGAAGUCAUAUACUGCAAUCGGCGUGUGUUCAUUCAUUCAUUCAAACAGCAGACGAGACCGCACGAGGUCGAUAUCACACGACAAGAUGAUUCUGAGUAGCGUAAACUUCGUCAAAACUAACAAUCGACAACAGAAGUCACACUUUGAUUUCAGUGAUUUUAUUAUUGGGAAAAUUAAGGAAGAUCAAGAUCGCCAGGAUGGAUGCAAUAAAUGCGGAUCGCCACAACACGCAAAGAAAAGUGGAGGCAGCACCAAAUCUUCAUCAAAAUCAAGUUACAGUGAAAGCGUCACAAGAAGAAAUUCAGCACAAAAAGACAAUUCUAACGUCACAGUAGAAACAAAAGAUGGCUAUGUGGUCAGCUUAUGUGAGGAAUUGAACCGCAUUUAUCUUGGAGACGUCGAGGACCCUAACAACUCAAACAUAUUUCGUCAGACAAAACACACAGUCGAAGACGGAGAAACAUCUACAGAAUUCUGCACAUUCCGCCUACACAGUCGUGGGAACCUUUAUCUCUCCGUGACAUCAGACCGCCAGCUAGCGGUCCGCCAAUCAGAUACACCGGUGGACAACCAGUCUCCAGACGAGCGCUGCUUUGUGAUGCAUUCCGUAUCAAACGGCAGCGUCUUCAUCCAGCCAUACCAUCAUAAAGGUUACUAUCUACAUCAUCUCGAUAGGAUGUUGACAGUCAGAAAGUUAGAAAUCAACUGGAGGCCACCGGAGGAAUAUUUCUUCAGUGUUGGAAUCGUGGACGUUCCUGACCCCGAGGUGUUUAUGGCUUUAGAGGAGAGCAAAGAAGUCCCCGUCCAGAAAUCAACCCCCAUCAUCGAAGAGUCCUCUCCUAUCAAACCCAGCCUUUUUUGGGGUUGUUUCGGCGGAAAGUCUAAGAAAUUAUCUUCCAAAAUCAAGAAGACGAUCAAACAGAAUUCCCGUGUCUAGAUCACAUGACCACUGUGACGCAAAAACUUGACGCAACCUUCGUGGUGCUGCUACAUCAUCAGAAUCAUUCCAAAAAAGUAACAAGCAACCAUGGACCAUAAAUAUUGGCCCUAACAAAGUAGUAAAAGUAUCGACGAUUGGGUUCUUAUUAGACCACUUGACACAGUCGAUCGCCAGCGAUGACCUAUGACGCCGCAGCUCAUCCGCUGCGGUUGGAGUGGGGUGACGGUACUAAUAUUUUGUGUGAUACCAUGACUGGCAUUUUUACUAUGCUCACGGGGUCUUUGUACUAACAUGUAAUCCCUCCUCUCAUUUGACAAUCCGCCGAUAGCUCGGUGCUGUGAGUGAAACUACAGCUUUAAACUCUAUUAACCUUUCCUCUUAAUCCCAUAUUAAAAGGGGUUUGGUGAAAAGCUGUUCAUCUACUAUUAUAGUAACCUUUUUCUAGUCAUCGCUUGUGAGACAGUGCAAUAUGUAUUUAUUAUAACUUUUUAAUUUAUUUUGUACGUAAGUUUUCAUUGAAAACUGAACUGAAUGUAUAUUUUUCGUUGAGUAGAGAGUUAUGGAGUUAAAAGAAUGUGGAGCAAUGUUCUCAACAAUGAACGGACUUCAUAUUUGUGUACGAAUAAUGUAACUACUACAUUAUCUGCACAUAUCGAUGAUGUCUGCUAUUACGAUAGAUGUCAUGUUUCUAUCAUAUAUCUCGUUUGCUGUGAAUGUGGGAUCGACUACAUCCUUUUGGAAGAUUUCCGAUCUCCCGCACCACUUUACGAUUGAGUUUGUGGUACCUUGGCACAGAGGAAAAUAUUUAGCAUUUGUUUGUUAUAUUUGUUACGGUAAUGUCUUUUGUUUGUAAGUUGAGAAACAACUCUAAUAAAGACUGAGAUAACAAUC